AUGGACAAAGUGGAAAGUCAAGAUUUAGAUUCUACCAUUUCUGAUGAUAGUGUAGAUAGAGAAGACAAAAGAAUUCUAGAUUCUAUGUCUGGUUUAUUGAUUAACAUUAAUAAUAUCAUCGGCGUGGGAAUAUAUAGCACUCCGGGGAUAGUAUGGGAGGAAACACGAUCUGUCGGAUUAUCUUUAAUUUUAUGGAUUCUCGGUGGGUUCAUCAGCCUAUUCGGGAGUCUGGUAUAUGCUGAACUCGGUCUUAGAGUAAAAAGAGGCGGAGGAGAAUAUAUUGUUUAUGCGUUUUCAAACCAUGACUGUAUCGAAUCAUCGCUUCAUCCAAAAUCAUACUUAACCGGAUGGGAGUUUUGGCGAAUUCGAUUGAUUUCAUUGGCAAGUGUCACUUUUGUGACUUUGUAUCAUAUGUACUCUAACCGGCUGGCCAACAACAUCAAUAAAUGUUUAACAAUAAUCAAAACCUGUACAUUAAUUGCCGUCUCGUUGAUCGGCUUGAUUAAACUGAAUUCCUCUAUAAAUAAAGACAAUUGGAACCAUUUAUUUGAUGAAACUCAGCUAACUCCACAUUCACUUGCAUUGGCUAUGAUCGACUCGAUCGAUGAGCUUAAAGCCCCUGAAAACAAACUUAUGAACAGUAACCGUUAUAGUGUGAUCAUUGUCGAUAUCUUUACAAAUAUUGCAUAUAUUUCCGUCGUACCGAGAGAACUUGUGAUUCGCCCAGAACAAAAUCCAAAUGAAGUAAUUGCAGGGCAAUUCGCCAUGAUUGUCGGUGGAGAAAUAUUCGGAAGAAUCUUGGCAUUUUUGAUCAGUAUUUCUGCACUAGGUGUUAUGGCAGUGUUAAUAUGGAGUGGAUCACGUGUAAUUGUAGCAGCAGCCAAACAUAAUUACAUCCCAGUAUUUUCACACUUAUUAAAACAAUGGCAUCCUACAUACAAUACACCGGUCUAUGCUUUAGGAGCACAUUCUUGGAUUUAUUACACGCUAAGCGCAAUUGGAUUAUUUGUUCUUAGAAAACUCGACGGAGAUGGUUACAAUUUAUACAAGGUUUCUACACCACUGAUAUAUAUGUUUAUUAUGGCGGGGAUGUUUAUUGUGGCCGCACCAUUCUUUACACCAGAUACACAAUAUUACUCAGAAAAUUAUAAUAAUUCAAUUAGUAAUACAACUUUGCCAUCAACAACUUCGGAUUUAAAUUGUCCGUUAAAUACCAAAGAUUCAUAUCCUUACUAUAUACCAUACUUGUUGAACCAAAAUUUUUAUAGUAAUAAUGAUAGAAGAGACAGAAGAAAUGAUGGCCAAGAAGAUAAGGAUUUGCAACAACAACAACAAGAUAAUGAUAGAAUCGAUGUUGAUGAAAUUCGAAUUUCUACUAAAUAA